GUGUGGGGCUAUCACUGCUUCGCCAGAUGUCGGUGCAGCUGAGGGGUAUAUAACGCUCCACGGCAUAAACGGCCGAAUCACCUUCGCUGUUUCUAUUAUAUUGGUAUUUGGGUUGGAGAGAGCUCGAACAGUCGUGUGAGCUGAAGUUUUUUAGGCAAAACCAUGAUAGCUAAUUCAAGCACAUCUGGAAUGCUAUUGUCUUCGGAAUCCUUGCUAGUCAAUGGAACAAAUACCAUCAAUUUAAGCAUGGGCACGCCUCAACCACCCUCAAACCAGCAAAGCAGGACUUCCUCACAGGGGCUAGUGGCAAGCACAUAUGGAAUGUUAUUGUCUUCGGAAUCCUUAGAAGUCAAUGGAACAGAUCCCAUCAAUUUAAGCAUGGGAAUGCCUCAACCACCCUCAAACCAGCAAUGCAGCAAAGUGGCUAUCUUCUGGGACAUUGAAAACUGCCCUGUUCCAAGUGAUGUCCGCCCCGAAGAGGUCGCUGGUAACAUCAGAACGGCAUUGCGUGUUCAUCCUAUUAUUGAGGGAUCUGUUACAACAUUCUCUGCAUAUGGAGAUUUCAAUGCCUUCCCAAGGAGGCUUAGGGAGGGCUGCCAGAGGACUGGUGUGAAACUUGUAGAUGUUCCAAAUGGAAGAAAGGAUGCAGCUGACAAGGCUAUUUUGGUUGAUAUGUUCUUGUUUGCUCUUGACAACCCUCCACCAUCGUCCAUCAUGCUGAUAUCGGGUGAUGUAGAUUUUGCUCCCGCUUUGCACAUAUUGGGACAGCGUGGUUACGCUGUCAUUCUUGUCAUUCCUACUGGAAAAGGCGUUUCAUCUGCCUUGAGUAAUGCAGGAAGGUUCGUCUGGGACUGGCACAGUGUGGCUCGUGGAGAAGGGUUUGUGCCUCCUAAAGCAUUAAUGUCCCGUGGGCCUACCGACAUUACUGGGUAUCUCAUGGGGUGUCAUAUGAAUGACAACACUGAUGGCCAAACUGAAGAGGAAGCAAUUGUUUAUAGAGGAAUGUCACAAAGUGAGUACACUGCUUGGGCUAACAUCAACCAGUUUUACUGUUUUAACUCCAGAGAUUUCUCUCAGACUUCACAGUCAAUAUCUGAAUACAGCAGUAAUUUGUUUACUAUGCCUAGUUUUCCCACUUCAAGAUCUCAUAGCCUUCCCUGUGGUCUGAACAAUGAUUCCGCAGCACCUGUUGCUGAGGACCAGAAUGACUCAGCAGACCCAACAUUGUGGGUCCAGCCUGGAGACCUCAAUGGUCUGAAGGGUCAGCUAGUGAAGCUGCUGGAGCUGUCAGGAGGGAGCCUACCCCUCACUCGUAUUCCUGCAGAGUAUCAUAAGAUUUUUGGACGGCCCCUAUAUGUGUCAGAGUAUGGUGCUUGUAAGCUUGUGAAUCUUCUCAAGAAAAUGGCAGACACCAUAACUGUGGAGGGGAAGGGAAGUAGGAAGUUUGUGUACCUCUGCAACUCCAUUAUUCAAGUUGACAAUACAAGCUUGAAUACUCCAUUAGGUGUGGCAAGGAAGGAUAAGAAGGGGAAGGGGCCGCAGGAGGAGAAUACUGAUGUAAGGGCAUGUGUUAACACAUGUUGCUCCUCGGAUGAGUUCUCAGACGAUGACAGGGUCAUUGGUCAGGAGAGGAGGAUGAAUCAAGAAAUUGACAGCCAGUUUGAACAGUUCAAGCAGGAACUACAAGAGCUUCUUGUUAGCUGGAGCGGAGGGAUCUUCCUUGGUACUUUUGAAGCAACAUACCAGCAGCGGUACAAGAAAGCACUGGACUACAAAAGAUUUAAUGUGGAUGAACUCGAGGAGCUGAUUGAAAAGGUGAAGGACAUUGUGAUUUUACAUGAAGAACCAGAGAGCAAGAGGAAGUUCCUGGUGGCUAUUGGUGGGUAGGAAUUUGAGUCAUGGUUGUACAUUUCGACUUAUGUAGUGUCCAGUAGUUGAGGACUGGAAUUAUGCUUAUUCAACCAUCUUGUUUUCUGCUUUAAGAUGGGUUGGAAAUUCAAGAGAGAAAAUGCUACUCUUGGUUGCAUCCAACAUGGACUUGAAGCCUUUUUUUUCUGUGAGGCUGCAUAAAAUGCAUGCAGAGGACUCCUCAUUGAUGAAAGUGGGAGUCUCUGUAACUGAUCAACAACUAAUAGGAGACAAUAUGUAAAGUAAACUUCAUCUUUAGUUAUUUGAUGUGUUUAUAAUCCAGUUUUAGUGAACUUUUGUGCUUUAGAGCUGGACUUUGUCAAUAAUUAAAUCUGUAGUAGUUAGUUUCUACAAUGAUGAAGUCAGCUGUUUGAUGAUGAAAGGUUGGACUCGAAUUUUACAGUUCCUUCCUCUGAGAUUGCUAUGCAAAAUUAAAUGUUAUGUCUAUUA